CUCUUACAUGGCCAAUUUAUCAUUAUUUUUUUUCGACAAACACAACUCGGGUAAUUUUACAGGACUGCUGCUACAAAUCAGCCCAAAUGGCCUUGAGUAGGAGGACGGAGAUGCAUAUUCACUGCUGGUGUGGAGGGAGCAAAACUUCUUGUGGCACUCACACCAUCAUCCAUCACUGAGCAGCUGAAAAUAUGAGAGGGGCUGAGGUUGUUCCAACAGUACAGGCUGAGAGUUUUGAAAGUGAGAAAUCUCAGUUCCUGGCUCGGUAGCAGCUGACUCACUGGUAAUGAUCAACAACCCUAUCAAACCCUGCAGAUAUAUCAUGGACAAUAGGCGAGGCAUAUGGGCAACAACUUUCCUGCAUAACCUGGCUGUGUAACAACUGACGCAUGUGAGCCUUAACAUCGUCAUAGUCAGAGAGGGGAAUUCACCUGCACCUGUCCCUAAUAGGAAGAUUGUCAAGGAAAGGGAUGUCAUACGUCAUGACUCACAAGGAAAUCCAGAAUGGCUUCCGGGAUUAACCUCUGCUCUUGGUAGAACUACCCAGAAGUUCACGUCCAUUUGCACAGCAUCUCACAGCCUGGGAAAUUCCAUAAUGUAAAUAAGGCUUGCUAUUUUUUUUUUUUUUACGUUAAACCUUCAGCUUUGGGCCAUGAACCUUAGAGGAUCUACCGGGACCACUAUUUCCUUAGUUUGGAUUUAGACUCCUCUUUUGCUGGGACUACUGCACAGGCCUGCAGCGGUGGCUAGUGGUGGCGGCGGCGGUGGUGGGAGGACCUUACCACCUUGGAACACAGGGAUAACUUUACAAAAGCACACACCACCAUGAGGAUAUACACCACCUCCUGUCUCUGUCCCUUUCUGGUCUGCCUCUGCUUCAUCCAGAAGUGCUACGGGGCGAGCCACCACGGCCCCAGCAAUGUGCCCUCCAAGAACCAGACCAAACUGGCCAACGGGGAGACAGAGGUGCACCACAGGCCUAAGCGUGGCUGGAUCUGGAAUCAGUUCUUUGUUUUAGAAGAGCACAUGGGACCAGAUGCACAGUAUGUGGGAAAGCUUCACUCAAACUCAGAUAAAGGCGAUGGAUCCGUCAGGUACAUUCUGAGCGGGGAAGGAGCUGGGACUAUAUUUAUCAUCGACGAAGUGACAGGAGAUAUUCAUGCCACUAAGAGCCUGGAUCGGGAAAGGAAAACACAUUAUGUCCUGCAUGCACAAGCCUUGGACCGCAACACAGAGGAGGCCCUGGAACCAAAGUCAGAAUUCAUCAUCAAAGUACAAGACAUCAAUGACAAUGCACCUAAAUUCACAGAUGGACCCUUUGUAGCUACGGUGCCUGAGAUGUCUGAAGUGGGUGUUUCAGUGUUGCAAGUCACAGCGACUGAUGCGGAUGACCCCACCUAUGGAAACAGUGCCAGGAUAGUCUACAGUAUUCUACAAGGACAGCCAUAUUUCUCUGUCGACCCCAAAACAGGAAUCAUCAGGACUGCCUUAGCCAACAUGGACCGGGAAGCCAGAGAACACUACACUGUUGUUAUCCAAGCCAAAGACAUGGCAGGCCAGGUCGGAGGCCUCUCUGGGUCUACCACCAUCAAUAUCACUCUGACAGACAUCAAUGACAACCCACCGAAGUUUCCCCAAAAAAAUUACCAGCUGUAUGUCCCUGAAUCAGCUCAAGUAGGGAAACCGGUAGGGAAGAUCAAAGCCAAUGAUGAGGACCUUGGCAUCAAUGCAGACAUCAAGUACAGCAUCAUUAACUCAGAGGGGGCCAACAUGUUCUCCAUAUCCACGGAUAGGGACACAAGAGAGGGAAUUAUCAGCCUCAGAAAGCCUCUAAACUACGAGAGAAAGAAGACCUACACUCUCCACAUUGAGGGGGUGAAUACACAUGUGGAUCCUCGUUUUUCCUAUCUUGGGUCUUUCAAAGACACUGCCACCCUUAAAAUCACAGUUGGGGAUGUGGACGAAGCCCCUGUCUUUUCUAUAGAUCAUUAUAUCAUGGAUGUAUAUGAGAACACGCCCAGUGGCACAGAGGUGGGCACUGUCACAGCUCGAGAUCCUGACAGCAGGAACAGUCCUGUCAGGUAUUUCUUGGACAGCAAAGAGGAAGGAGUAAGGUACUUCAGAAUCGAUGAAAACAGUGGAGUUGUAAGGACGACACAGCCUCUGGACAGGGAAGACAUGCCUUGGCACAACAUCACUGUAAUGGCCUCGGAGGUUGACAACCCCAGCCUUCUCAGUCAUGUUCAUGUUACCGUCCAGGUGCUUGACGUGAACGACAAUGCACCAGAAAUAGCUACAGACGAGGAGGUCAUUGUGUGUGAGAGCUCAAGGCCGGGACAGGUGAUCCAGACUGUCACAGCAAUGGAUAAGGAUGACUUUGCCAAUGGACAGCGGUUUUCAUUUGCGUUGCCAAGCCAGCUACCAGUCAAUCCCAACUUCACUCUGAAAGACAAUGAAGACAGCACGGCCAGCAUCAUUGCCAGGCGGCGGCGUUUUAACCACUUGACCCAGGAGCUAUACGAGCUGCCCAUUGUGGUGUGGGAUGGUGGGGAGCCAUCGCUGAGUGGCACCAGCACCUUGACCCUGCGGGUGUGCCCAUGCCAACGCCAUGGCAGGAUCCGGAUGUGCCAAGGCGAGGCGUUCCUCUCCUCGGCGGGUCUCAGCACGGGGGCUCUGAUUGCCAUCCUGCUGUGCAUCGUCAUCCUGCUGGCCAUCGUGGUUCUCUUCAUCACACUAAGGCGGAGCAAGAAAGAGCCCCUUAUCAUCUCCGAAGAGGACAUCCGAGAGAAUGUGGUCACCUAUGACGAUGAGGGCGGAGGCGAGGAGGAUACCGAGGCCUUCGACAUCAUCGCCCUUCGUAACCCAGCUGCCGCUGAAGAGCUCAAAUUCCGACGGGAUGUUCGCCCAGAGGCGAGGCAACACUGCGGCCCGCCCCGCAGCCGCCGAAGCCCUUCAGUGGAGCUGGACGAGGUGGAUGUGCACGAAUUUAUCAAGCAGAAACUGGUGGAGGCCGACAUGGACACCAGCGUGCCGCCCUACGACUCCCUCCAGACCUACGCUUACGAGGGCCAAGGUUCACCCACAGGAUCCAUCAGCCCUUUAGACUCUCCCGGCACGCAAUCAGAGCAGGAAUAUAACUACCUGGACAACUGGGGGCCUGAGUUCCAGAAACUGGCAGAACUCUAUGGAGAGGCAGAUUCCGAUGUGACGACCUAGUCUGUGAUUUCACUCCUGUUCGAACCAAAUCUGUUUGAAAUCCGUUUUUCAAAAUUUCUGUGAACAAUAUAAAUGAACAGAGAUGCUUUCAAACUGUUCUAGUGGUUUUCAACUGUUGAAUUAAAAAUACUGCUCUUUUUUUCCCCCCUCUUGCUUUUGACACUUUGGAUCAUGGGUCGUUCAUCUGGAAGUAUUACGUCAGAUUUUGAGAUGGAAGAACAACAAUAUGGGGAAAAAAGGAAAAUCAUAUUUUCCUUGGUGUAUAUUUUUUAUUGCUCAAUAAAGUCCUGAAAUCCAUAUGAGUGGAUAUGUGAAAACAAAA